AUGGGCCAAGACGGCGUCUCCUUUCUGGAGGACCGUAUGGGGGACGUGCUCGGGGACAUCCUCAACGAACUCGAAUACGUCACUAGAGACAGGGAUACGCCAUAUGGCGUUCUACGUGCUUCUCAUAGUCGCGCUGAACCAUUCAAAUUCAACUAUAUCGAGAUCGGAAAUGAAGAUUGGUUCAGUUUAACACUAUCCCUAUUGAUGGGACUGUCUCUCUACAGUGGCAUCAAGGCUGUCUAUCCCGAUCUCACAUUGAUUUCCACCGGCUUUAAUGAGAAUCCCGUCUACAAUAUCACGCUGCCUCCGGGCUCGAUCAUCCUUUCCGUCGAGGGCUUCAACUUCUAUGACAACUGGCAAGAGCGCACAGGCAAUCAGAACGUCAGCGUAUUCGUCGGCGAGUACUCGAUCUAUCAGAUUGACAUCCCGUCCGGAUAUGUCAACUACUCCCGGCCCCCCGACAUAUACAUCUUCUACCCAACACUAGUGGCUGCGAUUGCAGAGGGCGUGUAUCCGCUCGAUGCGGAACGCAACCAAAAGGUUGCGAAGAUGAGUGCCAAUGCUCCGAGCUUUGUAAGCCUUAAUUACAAAGAGUGGACUCCAAAUCUAGUGACUUUCUAA